AUGUUGCUGGAUCUGCUACUGGUUUCGUUGCUGAAGUCUUCCAGUUCAGGCGUUGUGUCAACCAAGAGUGCAGCUACAACCUAUGUUGCUCCAGCUCCUUCACAACCUGCUGCCUCAACAAUACCAGUUGAAGUAGCACAAGUACGUAGCUCAGCUCUUGACGAUGGAAGUUACUCUUUCUCCUACGAGACUCAAAGUAGCUCACGACAUGAAAGUGGAGAUGGUCACAACAAUGUCAGGGGAAGGUAUUCCUUUGUUGCCGAUGAUAAUAUAAUAGGGGAGAUCCAGUAUAUUGCUGGAGCUGACACCGGAUACAUUGCUGAAGGAGAUUCCCUUCCUCAAGGACCACCUGUUCCAGGCGCAGAAUCUGGAAUUCCAACUGGACGAAUUCUUCCUGUACUGUCUGAGGAAGAAGCUAACAAACUUGCUGCUGCCACUUCUGGUUCUGCAAGUGCUAGCCCUCUGACUGCUGCCAUUUACAGUUCUCCUCUUGACUCUGCUCCAAGGGACGCCUCUUACUCUUUCAGUUAUGAUGCUGGUCAAAGCUCUCGAUCGGAAAGUGCUGAUCCCAACCUUAACGUACAGGGAACUUUCAGCUUUGAUGCCGAUGAUGGCGUUCGAAGGACUGUGAACUAUGUUGCUGGAUCUGCUACUGGUUUCGUUGCUGAAGGUGAUCACUUACCUAUUGCUCCAGACACUGAUUUUGGAUCUCGAAUUCAGUCUUCCAGUUCAGGCGUUGUGACAACCAAGAGUGCAGCUACAACCUAUGUUGCUCCAGCUCCUUCACAACCUGCUGCCUCAGCAGCACCAGCUGAAGUAGCACAAGUACGUAGCUCAGCUCUUGACGACGGAAGCUACUCUUUCUCCUACGAGACUCAGAGUAGCUCACGACAUGAAAGUGCGGACGCACAGAACAAUGUCAAGGGAAGGUAUUCCUUUAUUGCUGAUGAUGACGUAAGUAGGGAGAUCCAGUAUAUUGCUGGAGCUGACACCGGAUACAUUGCUGAAGGAGACUCCCUUCCUCAAGGACCACCUGUUCCAGGCGCAGAAACUGGAAUUCCAACUGGACGCAUUCUCCCUGUCCUAUCUGAAGAAGAAGCCAAUGCUCUAGCAAGAGUCUCACCUCUUAAGUCUGGAGAGGGGAGUGACAACGCAGACACUCAGGCAGAUGCUUCAUACAGAUUUUCCUUUGAUUCUGACAGUUAUUCACGGACUGAGGAAGCUGAUGCUGAUGGCAACAUUGUCGGAAGCUACACCUACGUAGAUGAAGAUGGAGAAGAACAUACUGUUAACUUUGUAGCAGGAAGGAAAACUGGAUUUUCCCCGAGGGAUACCCUCAAACCCACAGCAGCUGCAGGAGAUGCAACAUCUACAGUAGCUGUGUCACCUGCGUAUUCGUCAUCUUCGAGAUCAAGCGGUGUUACAGCUGCUCAAGCUGUCAGUCCUGUGGUGAUAACGAAGGCUGCAGGAUCCACAGCAACAUCUGGGAGUCACACAUCGCAGGUCGUAGGCGACGUUCUCCUUCACCAGUAUUCUGCUGACAAUAGCCCUAAAUAUGGUUAUGUUUUUACAGCUAGCGGGUUUAGGUUACGGUUUGAUUCUCAUGCAGUCACCUUCAUUAUCUUUUGGAUCGAACAUAGUAGACGACCGGAAAUGUACCCGAAAAGCCCAAUGGAACCUAUAGUGUUUGCAAAGAUGUGGAACUAUGUCCUGAUGGACAGAAAUGAUAUGUCUUGGUGUAAAUUCAGUAAAUUCAGGAACGUAUUCAAAGAUAAGCAUGACACAACCACAGUGAUACAAUUGUUGAUACAGUUGUUACGUGCCCUGAGCUUUAUUCUCUAA